AUGGAUUUUGGCAGCUUUCAACAAUCGUCCGACGAUUUUCUGGCCAACGGUUUCUACCAUCUGUACACCGAGCUGCAGGAUGACAGGGACAUUGCGCUGGCGCUGUCAGAACUAACGUGUGCCACGUUUGCACCAACGGACACCAGGAAGGAAGAUCAAGCGUGCCCUGUAGUGAUGGACGCACCGUCAUCAAGUUCAACGCACCUCAUACACUCUCUGGACAGCGUGAACGAUCUGGAGCUGGAGUUGAAUGUGGAAGAUUUCAUUCUCGAGUACAACUGCGUGAACUUUAGCCAACUGUGGGAAAACGAACUACGGUUGCCGGAAAACACGUACCUAUGUGACGAUUCUUGUGAAGCAUUCAUUCGACAGUCGAAUGCCGUGGAAAGUGUCUCCAUUAGCUCCGAUAAAGUAUCUGCCAGUGAGCUGGAUGUGUCACAGACCCUGCCAGCGACAGUGCAAGGUGUAACCGAACCCGACUCGACCGGAACGUUCGUCUGUCCGUUUGAAAGCUGCCGCAAGGUGUACGCCAAACCGGUACAUCUGAAGGCUCAUCUUAGGCGGCACGUGGGCGACAAACCGUAUCACUGCAAGUGGCCAGGAUGUCAGUGGCGAUUUUCGCGCUCGGACGAACUGUCGCGCCACUUCCGGUCCCAUUCGGGUGUGAAACCGUACCGGUGUGAGUACUGUCCGAAAUGCUUUUCCCGUUCCGAUCAUCUGGCCAAGCAUCGGAAAGUGCACGAGCGGAAGAUGAGCGUGGCGUCGGGGAAAUUGAAGGGGUCGCCUGGUGGAUUGAUGGGAGCGGUACCACCUAGAGGACGGCCAGGCCGGAAACCCAAGCAACCGACGGCAAAACGCUCGUGA